AUGGUGCGCCUGGUGUUCCACGACGCCGGCUCCUACAGCGCCGCUGCCGGCGAUGGCGGCGUCAACGCCUCGAUCCGGUUCGAGCUCGACCGCCCCGACAACUUUGGCCUGAAGCGCGGCUGGAACGUGAUCGAGGCGACCGACAAGAAGCUCAAGGGCACGGCGGCAGAGGGGGCAGUGUCCAAGGCAGACCUCAUCGCGCUGGCAGGGGCGUACGCCGUGCGCAUCACCGGCGGCCCUGCAAUACAGGUGGCUGUGGGGCGGCAGGAUGCUGCGGCCGCAGACCCCGACGGGCGCAUGCCUGAGCUGGACUUCAGCGCCGAGCAGCAGCUGGCCAACUUUGCGGCCAAGGGGCUCAGCGCCCAGGAAUUUGUGGUGCUGUCGGGGUCGCACACGCUGGGCAGCAAGGGGUAUGGCGACCCGGUGACCUUUGACAACACCUACUACAAGACGCUGCUGCAACAGCCGUGGGUGGACAAGAGCAACGAGAUGGCGCAGCACACGGGGAUCCCAACCGACCACGUCCUGCCCGACGACCCCACCUGUCGCCCCCUCAUCCAGCGCUACGCCGCCGACCAGGCCGCCUUCUUUGCCGACUUUGCGGCGGCAUACGACAAGAUGGCCAGCCUGGGGGCGCGCUGGGCCUGA